AUCGGAGUACUUGUAUGAACAGUGAAUUGUGAACGCUAAACGGGUAUCUAGUUUACUAAAUACUUACGCGUAGUCCACAAGUAGGUAUUUUUUUUUGCAAUAUAAAUGCAUAAUACUUUUUGAUAACGCGUAAAGUAAAAAACGAAAUAAAGAACAAAGUGGACGAAUCAUGGAUGAAUCACGCAUAAUAGAUCCAUGGAUUCGGAAUCAUUUGAUUCCUCGGUUGGUUAAGGGCGAAUCCAAUGUCGAGUUCAUUAUUGAACGACCAAGUGGAAAUUACUUUUUAUCAGAGCCGUUCUUCAUGAAUAUUAUUUCGUCUAAAGGUGAAAAAAAAAUAUUGGUCAAAAUACCAUCCCAGAAUCCCGAAAUCACUGCUGUUGUUAAUUAUGAUGCAAUCUUUGCCAAUGAAAUUUUGUUUUACAAGGCAUUGGCUCGUGGUCACAGCCAUUAUCCGGAAUGCUACUUAGCUGAAGAAGAUCCAGUAUUCAAAAACGUAAUUGUACUAGAGGAUGUGCGACCUCGAGGUUACGUUGACAGUCCAGACAAAGUAAACGUACAUUUGGAUUACAUAGUAGCAGGGUUGAAAUCAAUCGCAAAGUUUCACGCUCAUUCUUAUGUAAUAAAAGAGAAAGAACCUGAAAAAUUUCAAAAAUGUAUUCAGUCUUUGCAUGACAGUAGAUUCAAAGAAAAUCCAAUCAAUGAGAAAUUUCGUAACAUAAUCAACGAAAGAGUCAAGCGAGCAACUCAAAAAAUUCGAGCGAGGAACGAUAAUUCUGAACUUACGAAAAAAAUGUGCAAUAUCCUCGACGAUGCUUUUGUCAAUGUAAUGAUAGAAUGUGUCAGACAAAAAGAACCACUAUGUACCAUAAUUCACGGCGAUUGUACGAUAAAUAAUUUACUUUAUCGAUGGCAAAAGAAAGAUAAGGAGGAUUUACAAUUGGAAGCGAUGCUUAUCGAUUUUGGACUAUUGAUGCAUUCAUCUCCAAAUAUAGAUAUUGUAACUCUCUUAUAUAUGACUUGUAGACGAGAAGACAUUAGAGAUCGCGCUAGGGGUCUCGUGGAAGUGUACCAUUCGAGUUUGGUAGAAUGUAUGAAAGAACUUGGUAUAUGGAAUGCAAGCAAGUACUCGUUCGAGAACUUCUGGUGUGACUAUCGUAGAUGUGCAAUCUUCGGAUUCGUCAUUGCCGCGUUCUUCCGUGGCAUGAUGACCGAUUUUGAUCGGGAACAUAACAUUGUUGAAGUGAAAUCGAUGAGUGAAUGGCACGAUAAAGACGGUGGUGAGGAAGUGUCACUUUUACUCGUUAACAUGUUUGAUGAUUUACUUGCUGCUGGUAUGCUCCAAGAUUUCAUUGAGAAAUAAUUAUUAUCAGUAGUCUACGGCUGCUUAUCUAGCUAUACGAAAGCUAUAUCAUUUGAAUUGUAGCAUAUUCAUCAAAGUUACUUAGUCACGUAAUGUAUAUUCAUUAGACCGCUUUUGAAAUUUUUAACCUCAUUUAGAAUAACAGUAAUGCAAUCGUGAAAUGGACAUCAAAAAAGAAUUGCAAAAUUACUAAAAUUUGAUUGACAUAAUCAUAAAACCAAACAAUAAUUUUUUCACGAAAAAACAACCUCUAUAUACGACGUCUAUCGCAACGCGAGGUUGACGAAGAAAAAGAAUACCACUCAUGAACAGUAAAGUUUCUAUUAAUGGUUUUUAUUCCCCCUUUCCCACCCUCAAAGCAAACCACUUAGCAAGCGCGAAUCCGUAAACGUCGUAUCGCUUGGCUUCGAAGUUGAGCGAAGCCUUCUCUCACUCGUUUGCUGGCAAGAAGAUUACAAGAGACGCGGGUUUGGUUUGGUAUAUACACAGCGCUCUUGCCGUGAUUAUUGCACCGUUAGUCCAAACUUUCUGAAAACGCAGAAUGAGUUAAGAACUGCUAGGGCAAACUUUUGCCUCUCUUAUCAUCGCUGAAAACAGUUUUGUUUUGUACACUGCGAAUAAAACGCACAAGGCGACGACCUUAAGCUACACUUCUUUGGCGUUGCCAGCUGUAAUUAAAUUUCUGUAUAUGGAUGAGGAUUAGUUAAGAGGAUUAGAUACGCGAUUACUUUCUCAAUGUGCUUCAUUCGAGCUUAUUAUACGACAUACAAGAUAUAUUCUCGUUUUACCUGGAAAUGAAUAUUGAGUUCACGUUUGUUGUAUUUGUUAUCGUUUUUCCAUAGAUUACAUUUUUCAUUAUUUAUUGAAAUGAACGUAAUAUAUUGCAGUAUCAGUGUGAUUAUUUAAAAAUAUUUUUAAAUAUGUAUGAUUAUAUUUUAGUCGGAUUGUCGAAUAUUGUUUAUGAAGCAGUAUUAUAAACUAAAAGAAUUACACUACUUAUAUUUUCUCUCUUUUUACGGAUCGUGAGCAGCAUAUAUACUUAAUUUAUUUGGAGAAAUAAAUCAACGAAAUGAUCUGUUUAAAGAGCGCAUCAAUGUAUGCAUAUAUGUAUUUAAUCGACUUUUCGAAUCUAUUUCGCUCAAAAGCUCCUACACGCGCACACACACACAGACACACACACACGCGCGCGCGCGCGCGCGCGCGCGACAAGUUCAGCCAUAUAAACGUUGUGACAGGACAGCAGACGGAGGAAAGAGGCAAGAUGCAACUGUCACGAUAGUUGUGUCUGUAAAUCGCUGGAGGCGAGAGGCGAAGUCAACACGACACAAUGGGGUAAAGAACGAAGCAUUGAAAGGGCUAGGCAGCGUGCAAGAGUGAGACGAUCAAUCGUCCAAGCAAACGUCUCAACCAUUGUCGGUAAAAGGAAAAUCCUCGUCGACGAAGGCGCGGAAGCUUGCGGCCAAUAAAAGUGUGAUGUACACGCUGCCCGAGAGCGACAUUGUAAACACCGACCUCUCAAAUGGUAUUUGCAUACGACGAUCGCAUGUGAAUUUGUGCACAUGUGUGUGCGUGCAAUGACGAACUCGUUUUCGGUCGGGACAUAAAUAAGUAGCACGAGCUUAAUUUUCGGAUGGAUGUGACUCGUACUCAUAUUAUGCAUAGUCAUCGAUGACAAGAUAGAUUAUAGGUAUGUUUGCUAUUUCUUUUGUAUACAUCUUUAUCGAAAUUUAUUGUAAGCCUGAUAUAUUCCUUUGGUCUUAUCAGCAAUGGUUGAAAUUACACGUGAUGCUUGCUCAUUGUUAUUUGUCAUAGAAUCACACGGAUAGACACGAUCGAAAUAAAUAUCUUG